GCUUUCAUUGACGAUCUCAGGUUAUCCUUGUCGAAUCGAAUGGGGAGCCGUACGGAAUCGGGAGUUGUGACUUUCGCCGGAGUCAUACGCGGCCUUGAGCAAUUCACGGCGUCGAGUGGAUCGCUGGACUCCACGGCGAUGGCGUUCGAACAUCUGCUGGCGUCGCUUGCACGCGUGGAGGCGCGCUUCGACGCGAUGGAGCGGCGGCAGAACGUCGCGCAUCCUCCGCCAUGGCCAGACCCAGAGCGGCGGCAUAACGUCGCGCUUCCUCCGCCAUGGCCAGACCCAGACCCAGACCCUCCUUUUGAUGAUUGGCAGCGGUGGCGUGGCGAUUCAGCAAGAAAUAGACCGAUGGGGCCUCGGAAAUGCCAAGUGAUUUUCGACUACUUCUUAGAUGCUUCUCUUGCGGGUGAUAGCGAUUUCAUCGAAGAGAGCUUACGAGACAGUGAAAGAGUGCAGGACGAAGACACAGCACUAUGCAGCGGUGUCCAACAAGCGCUGGAGUCUCCGGCAUACAACACGGGGCGAUAUAGUCCAUCUAUUGAUCAGAUGGCUAUGCACCACUUCCAUUGUCUACUGCAUCAAAAUCUCUCUACGUGAUACCAAAGACGCACC